AAAAAUUAGUGAAAGUUUAUUGAGUCACCUAAGUUGAUUUUUAUUUUUUGUUUUUUGAUUUCCUCUUCUGAUGAAUCUAAGAUGAUACAUUUAAUCAUAUUAGUUCUAUUAUUUCAUAUUUGAAAUGUUUGCUUCAAAGACCAUGACAACUGGAUCUCUGGGUUUAAUUACAAUACUUGUUUGUUCCCUGCAGAGUUCGAAGAUAAUCCUCACCUUUAUGUAUUGAAGCCAAUAAAAUAUGUAGGCAUUGAAGUUUGGCAAGUAAGACUCUUGACUCUCUAUUAUUAAAGUAUUGUUAUUUCUUCUAAUUGGGUCUAUGAUCUUGCACUUUCUGAUUCAAGCUGAGUCUGUGAACCUUUGUUGUUAUGAAGUAAAAAGGUUACAAUGCUUCAUUGUCAGUUUCAGGACUUUGGCCAAUUUUAUUGAUUUUUUAUUUUUUUUGAAAAAGUUGUUCUUGUCAUCGGUCUGAAACCCAUUUUUCUUUUCUUUUUUUCCAAAAAGGAAGAACAAAAUGCUGACCCUAUUUGUUUUGAACUUUUCUAAUCUCGAUUGUGUUAAUCUUUACCCAUUAUGUUGUUGUGAAAUGUAUCAAUGCAACAUUUUUGCAUAAUUUAGCAAAGCAACAUUUUUCCAUUUUUGCAUGAUUGGAAGGAAGUUAAAAAAGAACAGUGCAGCCCUUGAUAUUGUUAAUUUUGGUGAAGAAGAUGAGGGGAAAGCAGAAAAGCUCGAAGCCCUUCUUGCUGUUGUAAACAAUAAUGACAGCAGUCACAUUGUUCAUGUUCCUGUUGGUCCAAAUGCUCUCUCUGAUGUUCUGAUAAGUACUCCUAUCUUUACCCAGCUUCUCAUCAAUGGACAAUUCGUGGAUUCAGCAUCAGGAAGCCAGUUUGCUCGCACUAAAAGAUUUGAGAGAGAAUUGCAAGACAGAGUUGGAGAUGGUUAAUGGGAUGCCUUUGGAGAAACAAUAAUUGCUUCUGAUGCUUGUAAGAUUGGACGAGGUGGGAUUGUGGUGGUUUGUUGAUCUCAUGCUCAGCGGUAAGGGUAUGCUGGACAGUAUGAACAAGGGCAAAGAAAAUGGGUUCUUGGGUUUCAGGAACUCGAAAUCUUCGUUCGUUUAUUUACUAAUUUUAGGAUUGAUUAUCAGGUUGAUAUUUUGUAUUACAUAUGUCGAAUGGAGGGAAUAUAUUUUGUAUUACUAAUUUUGUAUUACUAAAUUAUUGAGGUUGGAA